AAAAACCAACCAAACUAAGCAAAGUAACCCACCCACCAAUACCAACUUUUUGAAUUCCCAAUUUUACCCCUUAAACCAUUCACAGGUGAAAAAAGGGAAAAAACAGAACAAUCACCGGUCACCGGAGAGAUGAAUCUCCGGCGAUCCCCUUUCCCCCUCCCCACCCUCCUCCUUCUCUUCCUCCUCCUGUCUCCCAUCUCAGCCGCCACCACCGCCAACCUCCACCGCAAAAAAACUCACAAAAUCAACGGCCCAAUCAAGACCGUGGUGGUCCUCGUCAUGGAGAACCGCUCCUUCGACCACGUCCUCGGGUGGCUCAAGAAGACCCGACCCGAUAUCGACGGUCUAACCGGAACCGAAUCGAACCGCAUAACCGCCAACGACCUCUCCUCACCUUCAAUUCCCGUCACCGACGACGCAAUCUUCAUCGAUUCGGAUCCCGGUCACUCCUUCCAAGCGAUUCGCGAACAAAUCUUCGGCUCAAAUGACACGUCAGCAAACCCCGCACCAAUGAACGGUUUCGCGCAACAAGCAGAGAACCAGCUCAAAGGAAUGUCGAGAACCGUUAUGAGCGGGUUCAAGCCGGAGCGACUUCCGAUUUACACUGAGUUGGCGAACGAGUUCGGCGUUUUCGACAAGUGGUUUGCGUCGGUUCCCGCGUCGACUCAGCCGAAUCGGUUCUACGUUCACUCUGCAACCUCGCACGGUGCCAUGAGCAAUGUGAGGAAGGACCUUAUUGAAGGGUUCCCGCAGAGGACAAUCUUCGAUUCGCUGAACGAUAACGGACUCACGUUUGGAAUUUACUACCAGAAUAUUCCCGCCACUCUGUUCUUCAAGUCCCUCAGGAAGAUCAAGAACGUUGUCAAUUUCCAUAGCUACGCCUUGAAAUUCAAGUCCCAUGCUAAGAAGGGGAAGCUUCCAAAUUAUGUGGUGGUGGAGCAGAGGUACUUUGACGUUAAGCUUUCCCCAGCAAACGAUGACCACCCUUCGCAUGAUGUGGCAGAGGGGCAGAGGUUCGUGAAGGAGGUGUAUGAGAUCCUCAGGAAGAGCCCUCAGUGGAAGGAGAUGGCAAUUCUGAUCACAUAUGAUGAGCAUGGAGGGUUCUAUGACCAUGUGCCUACCCCUGUGGAAGGUGUCCCUAACCCUGAUGGGAUCAUUGGGCCUGACCCUUAUUACUUCCGCUUUAAUAGGUUGGGUGUCAGGGUCCCUACCUUCUUAAUUUCCCCCUGGAUUGAAAAGGGUACAGUGAUUCAUGAACCUGAUGGGCCAACACCAACAUCUCAAUAUGAACAUUCAUCUGUUCCUGCCACAGUAAAGAAGCUUUUCAAUUUGAACUCCAAUUUUUUAACAAAAAGAGAUGCCUGGGCUGGUACCUUUGAAAAAUACUUCAACAUUCGAGAUACUUAUCGUGAUGAUUGUCCAGAGACACUUGCGGAUGUGAGUAGUGAUCUAAGGCCAUUCGGAGCAAGGGAAGACACAAGUCUCUCAGAGUUCCAAGUGGAACUGAUCCAGCUUGCAUCUCAGCUCAAUGGUGACCAUGUACUCAACUCUUAUCCAAACAUUGGCAAGACUAUGACAGUGAGAGAAGCUAACAAGUAUGCAGAAGAUGCGGUGAAGAGGUUCCUUGAGGCUGGAAAAGCUGCUCUCAAAGCUGGAGCUAAUGAAUCAGCCAUUGUCACAAUGAGGCCUUCACUCACUAGCAGAGUUCCUGUGGAAGCUCACCACGGUGGUUUGGAAUCUUACUGAUUCUUUUCACAAAAUCAGCUGUAAAUAUAUGUAUUAAAAUAUGUUAGGUUUUAGAUUCCAUGUUAAAUUUAGGAAAGGGUUUUUGGGGAGAAGGGGGGAUGCAAAAAUGGGUUCUGAAAGUUAUUUUCUAUUUAAGAACAUUGACCAGUUAACUGAUUAAUGAUGCUCAAUAUGAACAAUCAGUUAUUGGCCCUAUUAAUCACUUUGAUGGUUGAUUGUUCUUGAAUGAAAGGAACAUUACUGUGAACGAAAUCUUAAAUUUAUACUAUGUGGUUCCUAGGUAAGGCUGAAGAUAAAAUUUCUAGGAAUAUAUUGUAGUGGCUAGAAUUAUAACUUACUAAGCAAAACAUUAUGUACUGUGCGUAGUGUUAUAAAUUUAUAUGAAGCUUUAAUGUUAGAGGAGCUUAUUGUUUA